AUGCUCCGGGUGCUUAUAGACACCAAAAUCCGCUACCUACCAAUCGUCGAUAUUUUCUGUCAAGCCAAGGACGCUAACCAACUUCCAAGCUCAGUGAUCCUCUAUGACCGAGAGCAGUGGACAAGUGAUGUUGAGCUUUGUACCCCGGGCUACUUGGCUCUCGAGGCCGAAGCCGCGGGGAGAGUACCCCAUAACCCGUCUCACUAUACCAGGCCCUAUCCAGGCGGUUAA